AUGUCUUUCUCCGCUACAGAGUACUUCCCUUCAGAUGCUUUCUCUAAUCCAGGAAGAGCUCCUCCAGCACCAGCACAGGAUUAUCAUGCCCACCUUAAGAGUGGAAGUAAUUCUUCUGAAGGCUCCGCAAAUUCAAACUAUCCGUAUUAUCACACCAAAAUCGACUUGAAAAGGCGCCAAACAUGGGUUAACAUCAAGGAAGGUGACUCCUUAAUGUCCUUCAGAUGGUCCAAGCGACUUAUGUUUCUUGGAGAAUCCUCAUUAGACUUUUAUAAGAGUGAGAAUAAACGGCAAGACGAGUUGUCCUAUAGCAUCCCUUACUUGAACGUUGCAAACUUGGUAAGAAACCAAAUUCGUUCUCAUUGUUUUGAAAUUAGCAACUCCAAUGAUAAGCAUCUAUACGUGUCAUUCAAAACAGACCAAGAGCUUUAUGAUUGGAUAGAUGUCAUUAUGGCCAAAUGCCCAAUAAACUCGGGAGGUGGUACUCCUGUCUCCAAACCUACCAAUUUCACACAUAAAACUCAUGUCGGGUUCGAUCCUACUAGUGGGAAAUAUACAGGUCUUCCUAACGAGUGGAAAAGCCUGUUGGAACACUCUCAUAUCACUAAUGAGGACUGGAACGAGAAUCCCAGCGCCGUUAUUGAUGUCCUUAAUUUUUACUCAGAUAUCACUAGCGAUCAAAACACUCAGGAUGAAAAGGACAAAAUAUUCAAUGAAAACCUCUUGAAAUGGACAAAACCACCCUCCAGCUCGGGUCUGCAUCUCAACUCAUCUACUCCUCCCCCAGUUGUUCCCCUUCCUGUAUUAAAUCCCCAUAGUCCAGCAGAUUCAAACAUCCCCCCUAAGGUUCUCCCAUAUAGACCUAAAGGAAAAGAAUCUGAAAAUUUAGUCCCCAUAAGAAGAGCUCCUCCUCCUCCCACCAGGUCACCAUUCACAGACCAGAAAACAGGUCAACCAAAUGGUGUAUCUCCUAAACCAAAACUUCAACUGAGGACAGACGAGAACUAUCAGCAGAAGCCAAAGGCUAAACUGUCGUUUGAACAGCAAAGAUACUAUCAGGAAAGCAACCCAUAUGCCUCUUCUCCAUCUCCUGGAGUCUCCCCUGGAGGUGUUUCUCCCCUUCAUAUUUCACCUGUUGCUCGCCGUGUCUCCCCACCGAAGGCUGAGCACCAGAGACAGGCACCAAAGCCUCCUGUUGCUUCAAAUGAUAUCAGAACUCAGAAACCGCAGCAGCCACAACACUAUGUGCCUCAAAAAACUCAGCAGGUGCCUAAAGCUCCAACGAAUAAUCCAAUGUCAGUGGCGGCAGCCGUAACGGCACAGAAGUUGUCACCUCUACGAAAAUCGGAGAAACGUAUUUCUACAAUGACGGAAGCACAAAUAAUGUCUAAGCUUCGUAGCGUUGUUGUUCAUGACACGGAUCCUGUGCCUUACUUCCAGAUGAUUGAGAAAGCUGGCCAAGGGGCUAGUGGUUCUGUUUAUUUAGCAAAAUCCAAGAGAACAAACUCCAACGUGGCUAUCAAGCAGAUUGAUUUACAAAAGCAAGCCCGUAAAGAGUUGAUUGUAAAUGAGAUCUUGGUGAUGAAGGACUCUAGACAUAAGAACAUUGUCAACUUUUUGGAAGCAUACUUGCGCAAUUCUUACGAGUUGUGGGUAGUCAUGGAAUACAUGGAAGGAGGUUCACUCACAGACAUUAUUGAGAAUAACAAUUCUUUGAAAGAGUCUCAGAUUGCCACAAUUUGUUUGGAAACUGUGAAAGGGUUGCAGUUCUUACACCGAAAGCAUAUUAUUCAUAGGGAUAUAAAGUCAGAUAAUGUGCUGCUGGACAGCCAGGGCAAUGUGAAAUUGACUGACUUUGGAUUUUGUGCCAAAUUAACUGAUCAAAAGACCAAGAGAGCGACCAUGGUUGGUACACCAUAUUGGAUGGCUCCUGAGGUGGUGAAACAAAAGGAGUACGAUGAGAAGGUGGAUGUAUGGUCAUUGGGUAUUAUGGCCAUUGAAAUGAUCGAAGGAGAACCACCAUAUAUGAAUGAAGAACCAUUAAAAGCUCUGUAUUUAAUUGCUACAAAUGGAACACCAAAGCUCAAAAAUUCAUCCGGUGUAUCUAUUUACUUGAAAAAGUUUUUGAGCAUUUGUCUAUGUGUGGAUGUCCGGUACAGAGCGACUACUGAUGAACUGUUAAAGCAUUCAUUUUUGCAAUCCGCAGCACCAGUAAGGGAUCUGGCAUGUCUGCUUGAAUGGAAAAGCGAACCCGUUGAAUGA